AGGCCAAAAAAGGGCAUUGAGCGAGUUGGGCCGGGUGAGCCCAAGUGCGCUCUUAGGUGUUUUGACUUUCUUACGUAUAUGAUGAGAAACUUUUUUUUACCUCAAAAUAUCGUUAGAAAAGAAAGUCCCAGCGCUCGGAGGCUUAGCUGACAAAGAAGGGGGUUGCGUGGCUGCAAGUCUCAGAACUACUGUUUGGGAGGCCCAAAACCAGUGCUGGUACCCGCGCCCCACGAGCGCGCAAUUCCUCCCCUGGCUCAGGAACUGCCCUGUGUGCGCAGGCUGGAGCAUGGGAACUCCGAAACCGCGGAUCUUGCCCUGGCUGGUGUCGCAGCUGGACCUGGGGCAGCUGAAAGGCGUGGCCUGGCUGGACGAGAGCCGUACAAAGUUCAGGAUCCCAUGGAAACAUGGCCUACGACAGGACGCACAGAUGGCUGACUUUGGCAUCUUCCAGGCCUGGGCAGAAGCCAGUGGUGCCUACACCCCAGGGAAGGAUAAGCCAGACCUGUCAACCUGGAAGAGGAAUUUCCGGUCAGCCCUGAACCGGAAAGAAGUGUUGCGCUUAGCUGAUGACCGGAGCAAGGACCCUUCUGAUCCUCAUAAAGUGUAUGAGUUUGUGACUCCAGGAGCUAGGGACUUUGUACAUCUGGACACCUCCCCUGACACCAAUGGGAAAAGCAGUCUGUCUGACCCCCAGGAAGACCUCUGGGAAUUACUCAAUGACAUGGCCUUGGUACCCCACAGAGAUGAAGGGUCCUCAGACCUGACUAUUGCUUCUGAUCAUUCUCAACUACUGCUAAGCCCCAAUGUGAACAACUUCCCAAACCCAGGACCCCAGGAAAAUCCCCUGAGGCAGCUGCUAGCUGAGGAACAAUGGGAGUUCGAGGUGACUGCCUUCUACCGAGGCCGCCAGGUCUUCCAGCAGACACUCUUUUGCCCAGGGGGCCUGCGUCUGGUGGGCAGCACAGCUGACAACAUGACACUGCCCUGGCAGCCAGUCACCCUGCCAGACCCUGAGGGGUUUCUGACAGACAAGCUUGUAAGGGAGUAUGUGAGGCAUGUACUCAAGGGGCUGGGCAAGGGGCUGGCACUGUGGCGGGCAGGACAGUGCCUCUGGGCCCAGCGCCUAGGCCACUCGCAUUCCUUCUGGGCUCUGGGUGAGGAGCUGCUUCCAGACAGUGGGAGAGGGCCUGUUGGAGAGGUCCCCAAGGACAAGGACGGAGGCGUGUUCGAUCUUAGGCCCUUUGUGGCAGAUCUGAUUGCCUUCAUGGAAGGAAGUGGACACUCCCCACGCUACACUCUGUGGUUCUGUGUGGGGGAAUUGUGGCCCCAGGACCAGCCAUGGGUCAAGAGGCUUGUGAUGGUCAAGGUUGUUCCUACAUGUCUUAAGGAGCUGUUAGAGAUGGCCCGGGAAGGGGGAGCCUCCUCACUGAGAACCGUGGACUUGCACAUCUCCAACAGCCAGCCCAUCUCCCUUACUUCUGACCAAUACAAGGCCUACCUCCAGGACUUGGUGGAGGACAUGGACUUCCAGGCCACUGGAGAUAUCUGAGCUCUGCUCAGCUGCUACCAAUAAACCAGUUUAUGCCACUAU